CACUGUUGUUGGUAGUUAUGGUUACGGCAGGCCUUGGUUUUUGGAGCUUUGCUUCCGGAUACUAGUGUCACAGAGUAGCCGUGGUUGUUGUAACAGUAUGAGCUUUUUGAAUAUAUAUAGUAGCGAGCAUUUGAUAAAGUUUCAGUCAAGUGACAGAGUUUGAAUUUUCUUUCCAUGUCUUUGAAACUACAUUAAUAUGGCCUCAUAUACACACGAAGAGUUUGAACUCAGCCAGAAGCAUGAAGAUAUACUGGGGGAAAGAGCAUUACUGCUGCUGCAUUUGGAAGCGCAUUAUGAACAGCAGAAGGCCAAGACAAAACAGCAGUGUCUGAUGUCUCAAGCAGUGAAGGAAAGGAAUGCUCAGAUCCUUAAGGAUUUACAGAAUGCUGAAAAAAAUCUUCAAACUAAACAGCUGCUUCACCCAGAUAUUAUUAACCUUGAGACUCAUUAUUGGGCUUCAGUCGAAAGGAAACUACCAGAAUGGAAGCAGUAUUUGCCUGGGAAAGGGCAACUGCCGGUGAGUGAGCUGCUUAGACAACAGAAACUGAAAACUAGACAACAAGAUCCCUCCCCUGCACAAUGCAAGGGUAAACCACCUAGACCCAAACAUAGAUGAGCUGUCUGGUGUGUAACUUAACCAAAAUUGUUGUUUUUAUUUAUUUAUUUUUAUGUGUUAUAUAUUUUAUUUAAAUAAUACAUAUGCAAAUACAGAAUAAAUGUGUUCAUUCAGAUGUGUAUAUAAGUGAAAUAACAUUUGCUUACACAAGUGCAUCCACAUGGGGGCAAUACUGACUACAUUUUCUGUAACUACACCACUGUCUUUUCUUUUGUGUAUCGAAAAAUGAACGAAUCACUUGUAAAAAUCAGCUGUGAUUUACAAUGAAGUAAUAAAACUAUUAUUUUUGCAGUUAGAUAUCAAAUUAAAUGGUAAUAUUGAAGUUACUUUAAAAUUAGUUCAGAUUAGUUGUUUCCUUUACAAGUCAAAAGAAGGAUUAUCCAUAUAGUGUGUCAAAUAAUAAACAUAUUUUCAAGAAAAAAGAAUUUAUCAUUCUAUUUCAUUACCCACUAUUUCCCUCCAAAUUUACGUAACAGAAGCUGUAUCUGAGUUGUAUUAUGCACUGCUAAGCAUUACUAAUGUCUUUAAGAACAUUUUGUAAUGUCCAGCUUAAAUCAAAAAUCUUCACUCAAGAUGCACAAAUGCAAAUUUGUGUGCAAAAAUGUUGCUUUUAAAUGCACCCCUAAACCUUAUUGCCUCCUACCUGAACUCUCAACAACAAUGAGGUCAUGACUGCCAUCACACAAAGGCUCUCCGAGCACUUGGACUGUCCAUGUGAUAAUUGUUCUUGUAUUGCCUGUCUGUUGAAGGGUCAGCCACUUGAGUUGAGAGUUAAGUUGUCUAUAACUCUGAAAAUGACGCAUUUGAUUUGUUCUUUGAUUAGGUUUGUUGUUUAACUAGCAUUUUCUCAUAUUCAGACUGGUGGUUUUGGGAAUCCAGGCAUGAAACAAGCUCUAAAGUAGCUUGUAUUUAAGUGGGUAUAUAUAACAAACAUAUAUAUUUUUUCAUUGUCUUUGAGUGCAUAUACUGUUUAAUCCUGAUUAUUAUUUUUUUUUUUCUCAUACUCGUUCACUGUCUUGUCUGUCGUCCCUCCAUGGAGGGAGAGAUUGUAGACCAUGACCUAGCCUAAUUGGAUGAUCAAACCAGUUCAGGGUGACACGGAGUGGCGGCUUGACAAACGCGAUCAUCUGGAUGGUUAUGGUUGAAGUGGUGGUGGUUGGCAGCUGCCCUUCCUCCUCAGCUGGGACUCCUGCCCCUGAGGUCAGGGCACCAGUCGCGGCUUCCAAAUUGGCAGGGGGGUUGGUUGGCUGUGGAGGGGUGGAGAAUUCUGGGUGUGGGUGGAGGGCACGACAGCAAAUUAUCUAAAAGGGUUUUGAAGAGCACGAUCUGGAGCCCUUCCAAAUGACUAGUUCUGCAUUAUGUAUUCUAAUAGGGAAAGCCCUGAGGUGGUUUGGCUACGGAUACCACUGCCAACUGAGGCUGUCAGAGCACAGGCCAAGGCCAAAUGUUGUAGAUCAGCUCUGGGCUUCAGACACCUGGCCAUCAGAACACUAUUGUAAGAUGAUAGAACAAAGUUGUUUGUAACUGAAUAACUUGGGUCUGUAAAAAUGGCAUAGUUGCUGUUACAAGAAACCCUGAUUAUGUUGAGGAUUAUGGCACUUUGAUUGAAUAAUAGUAAAAUUACUAAAUAAAAAUCCAUAAUGGCAUGUUUGAGUAUUUUCAUUAAUCUUUGAUCAUUAAAUCUCUGGAAUGGUAUAAAUAUUAAAAAUUUCCCUUAGUGAAACAAGCUCGUCUUCCAUCAGAAACGUACCACCCAUUGCUCUCAAAGGAGCUUUUCGCAACUAAAGAUCUUUGUCAAUGUACUGCACUUAAACACGAAUAGCUUUUGCUUGGGAGCCUGUUGGGGAAUUCUCUCCAUUUUUGAAACUAUUAUUCCAGCACUAGUGCUGGUCAUGAGGGGACUCCUGUUGUGUUUUUGUUCUGGCUAACUUAUACGACAUUCUGUUUUGUAUUGACUUUGGGUUUCAAUAUUGUUAUUUUCUCCAUUUACCUCACUGGAUCCCAUUAAUCCAAGUAGUCAAAACAUCCACUCCAUCCCAACAUUUGUGGCAGUAGUUUGAAUGUGCAUUGCUUGUUUGUGUAAAUGUUUGUAGUCUUGUAUUUAUAUGUUUUACACUCUUAAAUAUAAAGGUUCUAAAGAUUUUCUCAGCAAUGCCCUUGGAGGUUUCUUAGUGUGAAGAACUUUUGGAACCUUUUUCCACUAAAAAGAACAAUGGAAAGUUUCCAUGGAUGUUCAAGCUUCUUCAUGGAACCAUAAAUGCCAAUAAAACUGUAUAUGGAUUGGACUAUAUUUUGUUCAGAAACCCACCACAGACUGGGCAUAAAUCACAGCCUAAGGGAUCAGUGAGUGACACAUCGCUUUAUAUCAAAUCCCCUGCAUUCUAACUUGGUGUAUUGAAGGGAGUACCAGCUUAACAGCAGGGUUUUUGGUCUGAGUUAAUUAAGACCCUUCCAUUGGGAAACGGAGUGGAGAUUGUCCUGCAAGGGCAGCCUGGGUCAAAAGAUUAGUACCGGACAUCCCAGAUUUACGGAUCCUGGCAAACAAUGAGACUGAUUACAGGUCACUUCUCUAUAAGCAAUACAGCAAUUUAAACAGAUAACUAUUGGAGAUCUGCUGAUAAGCCUUAGACUUCAUUUAGCAGUUUCCUUUGGCCCAUAUCCCUUAUUUCCCAACACAAUGCGUCACUUGCAUUCAUAUUUAUAUAAUGGGGUGCUGAGAUUGUUGAAUGUGGAACAGAUUGUUUUGAGGUCAGACCUUCGUCUCUUUUAAGACAUUGUGAGUAAAGAGUUGGACGAGGGGACAGAAGGUCCCCUUCAGCUGCAUGGCCUGAAGCCCUCAAGACUGCUUCUGAAUGGAGGUCAUACCCGAGACUGACAUUGAUGUAAUUCCGGCGAGGCAGAGUCCCUGCACUCCACUACCAUGCGGCUGCCUCGACACCUUAGAGCAAUAAAGAUCCUUCUCUGAGCGUGCCCUUGACGUGCAGGCCGAACGCAGCGAAGGGGGCACCGCUGCCUGCCACUCAAGGCCCAGCGUGGGUAAUGCCUGAUCCCGCUCAUUUAGGAAUGGGAAUGGGAAUUCUCAAAGCAUGUUUCAUUUCUCUUUUUGCAUGUGAAACGAUUUAAAACAUCCAUGUGUAAACAAGGAUGUCUGAAAUCAUUAAAAAAUGUAAAUAUGUAUGCCAAGUUCUUUGUUUUUAAGACAAGUGACAAGAAUUGUUGAAGGUUUUUUUUUUCAACAUUAAAAAAAUGUGUGGUGUCUAUCAGUUAAAAAAGUACAUUGGUUAUUUGUGAUAGUACACAAUAGUGAUCGUUUUUCCAUUUAGUUUUCUUGCUUUCUGGCUGUUACUUGCAUUUGACUUGAACUACCU